AUGGAUAUCGAAAAGUCAACCAAAUGGUCCUAUGUGAAAGAGCGUAAAGUAGGUGAAGGAACAUAUGCAGUGGUAUUUUUAGGUCGCCAGAAGGAAACAAACCGAAGAGUCGCUAUUAAGAAAAUCAAAGUGGGACAAUUCAAAGACGGAAUUGAUUUGAGUGCUUUACGUGAAAUUAAAUUUCUAAAGGAAACGAGACAUGUCAAUGUAAUCGAGUUGAUGGAUGUAUUCGCAACCAAGUCGAAUCUUAAUAUCAUCCUUGAGUUUCUUGACAGUGAUUUGGAAAUGCUUAUCAAGGACAAGUUUAUCGUUUUCCAACCAGCACAUAUCAAGGCCUGGAUGCUUAUGCUUCUUCGAGGUUUACACCAUAUUCAUUCUCGCUUUAUCCUGCAUCGGGAUCUGAAACCUAAUAACCUUCUGAUCUCUAGCGAUGGAGUCUUAAAACUAGCAGAUUUUGGUCUUUCUAGAGAUUAUGGUAUGCCUAAUCACAUGAGUCACCAGGUCAUCACUAGGUGGUAUAGACCUCCGGAAUUAUUCAUGGGUUGUAGAAGCUAUGGAACUGGCGUUGAUAUGUGGAGCGUUGGAUGUAUUUUCGCAGAACUUAUGCUUCGUACUCCUUAUCUUCCAGGUGAGACAGACUUGGAUCAGUUGAGUGUCAUUUUCCGCGCUUUAGGUAGUCCGGAGCCGGCCGUUUUGCAGAGGAUGAAACAACUACCCAAUUAUGUUGACAUGAAAGCCAUUCCACCCCCAAGUGGAGGAAUGGAAGCAUUAUUUUCGGCGGCUGGGACUGAAGAAUUGGACCUACUAAAGAAAUUUUUCGAUUAUGAUCCUUACAGCAGGCCUACGGCUCAACAAGCCUUAGAACAUCCUUACUUUUCCUGUUUACCACGCCCUACUCAUCCUUCUGAACUACCCAAAAAGGGUGGAGAGGAAGGCAUCAAGCAUGUGUCAAGUGAUUUGCAACGCCAGGUUAAUAAUUCUGUGCGUCCUAACAUAAAAUUUGUAAGUUAG